AUGGGUUAUUCUUCUACAAACAUACACUUUGACUAUGAUGGACAAUAUGCGAAAUCAGGAGAUGAUUAUGAAUGGAUUCCAAGCGAUGGUCGUUUGUAUGGUAUAUCCUUUAAGACAUCAUCAUUGGAUGAGAUCACUUAUUCCUGUUUGAAGGAGAGGAUAUGCAAGAAGAAGAGGAUAGAUCCGUGUUUAAAGAGGAUGAAUCUGAGUUACAUUCCACUGGUAGUAGAACCUAAGAGGCAAUCAUAUAUUUUGGAUGAUGAAGAUGUGUAUGUGUAUCUGACAUCAGUGGAUAAAGAGGGAAGAAGAAGUAUUUUGCAUGUAGAGGUCAUCGAAGAAAUGGAGCAACAAUCAGUAGUUGAGAAAGAAAGCUCAUAUGGUGGGAACUAUAGUGAGCUUGCGAGUGGAUUACCCGAAGUUGAAGGUAAUCCGGGUGCACUCACUCUAGUUCCUCGCAUUGAAGAAGCAGAACUAUAUCUGCCGGGGGCUGAACGGGUGGAGAAUGUUGUUAUAAAUGGAAAAGCCGAGGAAAGGGCCGGGGAAGGGGGCGUGGACAGUGAGGGCGACGUGGAUAACUCUAUGGGUGUUCGUCCUAGUUCGUACUAUGUUGAGCUCCCACGUGUUGCAAAAGAAAAACCAGUGGUUAAAGAGUGGGAAGAUGGUUUGGGUCUUCAGUUGUUUCAAGAAUUUGAGAGUAAAGAAGCUGUGAAAGAUAUUAUUGAUAGAGCAUCACAAGAGAACUGUUUCGGAAUCAGUAUUUGCAACUCGGACAGGGGUCGAUAUGUGGUAAAAUGUCGGGGAGCAGAUGAAGGUUGUAAAUGGAGUGUGAGAGCAACAAAGAUAGAUAAAUCUGAAGCGUUCUCGAUUAGAACAUACAGGAAUAUGCAUUCAUGCUCUCGCGUAACUUCAAGUACUGGAAAGAAAAGGAAAGUUACACCAAGAUGUGUUGCAGCUAUAGUGCACAAGGAUUAUCCGGGACUAUAUGAGACACCAACAGCGAAAAUCCUGGUCGGUCUGGUGCAAAGGAAACUGGGUGUGGAAGUGUCGUAUACGACAUGUUUGAGAGGAAAAAAACAAGCUGUUGCGGAUAUUCGUGGUGAUCCGGAGAAGGGAUAUAUAAUAUUGCCUGCUUAUUUGUAUAUGUUAGAGAAGGCGAACCCGGAUACAAAAACAAGUUUGGUAGUGGAUAAAAACAACCGGUUCAGAUACCUAUUUGUUGCGUUGGGAGCCUCCAUUGAAGGGUUUGAAUACAUGAGGAAAGUCAUCACUGUGGAUGCAACUUUCCUGAAGACUGUUGAAGGUGGUUGUUUAAUUAUUGCCACGGCUCAGGAUCCAAACCUUCACCAUUAUCCAAUAGCUUUUGCUGUGGUUGAUGGGGAGAAAAACGAAAGCUGGAAGUGGUUUUUCACGACGCUGAAAACUGUUAUACCGGAUUCGACGGAAUUGGUGUUUGUUUCAGACAGAAAUCCAAGUCUGAUAAAAGCUGUUGGUGAAGUGUAUCCGAUGUCUAAACAUGGGUAUUGUAUCUGGCAUCUAUCGCACAAUGUGAAAGCUCAUGUCAAUCAAGGCAGGGACGAGGUUGCACUACAAUUCCGAAAAGUUGCAUGUCUUUAUUCAGAGCAUGAGUUUAAAAAGCAGUAUGACGAUUUUAGGGAGAGGUAUCCAUCGUGUGCUAGGUAUCUUGAUAAAAGUGUCGAAGUCAAACGGUGGGCGAAGUGUCAUUUCCCCGGUGCUAGGUACAACAUAGACACCUCUAAUUGUGCGGAGUCUUUGAAUGCGCUAUUUGAAAAGGCGCGAAGGAUGUCUUUAUUGCCUAUGCUUGAUACAGUUAUUGAUAAAAUGUCUGAGUGGUUCAACAGACAUAGGAAGGAUGCAGCAGAAUGA